AUGUUGACACAGCUUGACAUCGCAAACUCCGCUUUCUUUGAAAUUCUCUAUGGGGUCGAACCGCCGGAUAACACCCGCCAUUAUGGGCCGGGGCGGGACUCCGAAGGUCUUACGGACGAACUAGCCUUGAAAAUAAAACCCUUGUCAACUGCGGGUUACGAGAUUCAGCGGGCGCUGGGGGACCCAACAACCGAGUAUCAGACUGUGUGGGAGAGCAGCGCUGGCGGCGUGGCCUAUCUGCAGGAGCCAUCAAGUAAAUACUGUUCUGCUGCUUGGCUGAUUUCUGCUGCUAAUUCGCAUAAAAAAGGGUUCUUCCUGCAGAUUCCGGGGGAUGGAGGAAAGCUCGAAUGGUCAUUUGGGGCCAGCGUCAUCACAAGAACCGGCAAAAAAAAAGCUUUCAAAGGCGUCUUGGUUAAUUCCGACCCUGGCUCAAUCCAUCCUUUGCCGUUCUCUUUGCAAAUACCCGAUGAGUGGGAGUCGACAGAUCUACCUCUCAUAAUCGUUCCCGUGACUCUCCUCCGCCUUCACGUCGACCAAACUUCUGCAGCGCUCACCGGGCUAAUCGUGCGGGUGGAGGGCGUGGAACGUGAUGUUCGAGACUCUUCCGCCGAUACCGACUUUGAUUCUCUCAUUCGAGUGCUUCAUACUUGCGAUGCCGACCUGAUUAAGCUCGAGCGGCGAUGGAACUUUGAGAAAAAGCUGGUCACAGAAGUCCUCAAGAUUAUCUAUAAAUACAGACAGCCUCAGAGCAACUACCAGGAGAUUGGUUUUUACAACUGCACCAUCUGCCCUGCCGACCGCGCAGCAAUUAACUUCUUGCUCUCGAAUUCGUCACCCGAUCGCACGGACACACCAGGAGUCUAUAGCACAAAGCCCUUCAAGGUACUAGACAGCUUUGUGACUUUGCAAGAGCAGCGAUGUCGUGCUUCCGAGUACGACCUUGGUGUGUUGCCCCGACGUAUAAGCAAUCAAUUCACUGCAGUAAGUAUGACUGCCUCGACAUCAUUCAUUCUGUAG